AUGGCCGCCAUGAAGGUGGUGCUGAAGCUGGACCUGCACGACGACAAGCAGAAGCAGAAGGCGCUCAAGCUCGUCUCCAGUCUCCACGGUAUCGACCAGAUCGCCGUCGACACCAAGGACGACAAGAUGACGGUGGUGGGCACCGUCGACCCCGUCCACAUCGUCGGCAAGCUGCGCAGCAAGCUCUUCCGCACGGCGCAGAUCCUCUCCGUCGGCCCGGCCAAGGAGGACAAGAAAGACGACGCCAAGGACGACGGCAAGAAGGAGCCGACCCCUGUGUACCCGCCGUGGUACCCGCCGCCGCCGCCGUACCACUACCACUCUCACCCCUACUACCACGGCCACAGCGCCGAGGAGGAUCCCAGCUCCUGCGUCAUCUGCUGA